UUUUUUUUCCUUUUGCCAGUUAUCUUUUGCUUCCUGUCUGAAGGGAGAAGGCUAUCGCAUCGAUAAAUAUGGGUUGUCUAGGUCGAAAAGAGGUCGAGGUUCGACCCGAGCAGACGUGGGAUGCGAUCAGUCUGAAAGAUUUCAAGUCGACUUCUUGUUUUACUCCCUUCGCCUACGCUUACCUCUACUUUUCUCUCAUUAUCUCCGUGGCCGUCUACAGUGUUGACACCUUCACUGCCGUCAAUUUAUUGGCUUUCAACACAUGGUCUUCCAGUAUUGAGCCCACGCAGCUUAUUCCAAUAGACGUAUCGAAAUGGGUUUUCUCAAUCUGCAUCAUCGCAUCCUUCAUAAAUCUGGCAUUCGAACAUAUACGAGCAAUGAGGGUCAUGAAGCGAGGAAGCGUAGCUGAAUGCUAUCUCGAUAACUUGGCAGUGCGCUUGGAGAGUGUUCGAUUUGGCGAGGGCCAGGGAUGGAGACGUUUCCUUGUUUUUGCCGAAUUGACCAAGUCUAAGAAGGGUGCCGAAUAUGUCGCCCUAUUCACUUAUUUCAGUUUUAGUGCUUGGAUUCGAACCAUAUUCUGCUCCGGACCGCGUCAAUUGGUGAAUGCAAUGACGUUGUAUUCUGUUUACAACUCCAAUCUCAUUCCAACCGAUGUUUCUUCAGUCGAGAGCACGCUCGGCAACUUCAUGGGCAAACUGGAGCAUCUUGCCAAUGAAAACAAGCAGCAGGUAGUGAUUCUUUCCGGUAUGGUGUUUACCUUGAUCAUCUGGGUGUUUUCUAUGUUGUUCCUACUUAUUGCCGUAUUAUUCUACGUCUUCUUUCUCUGGCAUUACAUUCCUCGCCAGGAUGGUGGCCUCCAUGGCUAUUGCGAACGGAAGGUCAAUAAGAGAUUGAAGUCGAUUGUAACAGUCAAGGUCAACAAGGCACUCGCCAGAGAAGAACGUGAUCGACUUAAGGCAGGGCUUAGGGCUGCAAAGAAGACGGGUGAAAAGCCACCGAUGGAACGACAAGCGACAUUGCCGACCUUCCUAGAUGCUGGCAACGACGACAAACUUCCCGAGAUGCCUAUGCUCAGCCGCAAUGACACUAUGGCUACUUUGCCACCAUACGACUCCCGACCUAGUUCUUUGCGUGGUAUUGAGCUUGAUUCCUGGGACCAGAAACGACCGCCACCAAUAUCACGACAAGGGACGACAUCUACAGGGUUUUCUUCCCGUGCCCCGUUGAUGGACGGAGCGGCUCCGAUGGGCUUUGAACGAUCUGCAUCACCGGCGCCAACCUUACCACAGAUGGAUCUGAACAACUUUCCGCCGCCUGCUCGACCAGGAACUGCAAUGUCGAAUCGGAGCUACGGCCCAGGUAUGCCGCCCAGUCGUGUGCAGACGAAUGGAAGUGUAUUCGGAAAUGGAUAUGGUGGCGGUUACGCCUCGAGCCCCUCUACCUAUUCGCCAGAUGGUUUACCAUCUAUGCCACAGCCUGCCCGUUCACCCCCUCCAAUGGAUGGCUACGGUCGACCUAUGCCUCGUCCGAUCGACCGGCUUAGCGGGCGCUCUAGUCCAGCUCCGUCUAUCAUGUCGAAUCGUGGUCCCCCAAGUGGACCGGGUUACGGUCGUCAGCCUUAUCCACCUCGCAGCGUCACAAACCCCAUGCCUCCAGCUCAGAGGUUUCAGCCACAACGAAACAUGACAGCCCCGAUGCCACCUCGACAGCCCGAGGGAUACUUCAACCAGCGCCCUGAAACGCCGUCCGGUCGAGAAAACAUGAGGCCUGCAUAUGGUUAUGACGGUUACGAUGGCGAUCUAGAAUCGCAGCGUGGCUCUCCGAGGUAUUAAUAUUCUGUAUUAAAAUAUAAAAAAAAGGAGUGGGGAAUGGCUUUAUGUGAUAGUAGAGGGAUGGACAGAUACCCUAAUUUCAUACAUACCAUUUGGGGAGGGGAUGUAUUGGUGAUGUCCUUUGUUCCAUUCUAACUGGCGUGGGUGGUUUAGCAAUAUCCAAGGGGAUGUUCUAUUGGCUGGGAAGCGUCUGGACAAGACGGCGUUGAAUGGCGAACCCAAAUGAUAUUAAUGAACGGAACUUUUAUGUACUUUACUACAUUCGCAAACAUCCGCGAGCAACAACGAAGUAGCUAAGUUCGAGCUAUUAUUGUAGAAUACAACGGAACGCUGCUCGGCUUUAACCCCCUUUGAA